AUGAGAGGAGGCACGAGAGAGAGGAGGCAGGAGAGAGAGGAGGCAGAGGAGAGAGGAGGCAGAGGAGAGAGGAGGCAGAGGAGAGAGAGGAGGCAGGAGAGAGGAGGCAGAGGAGAGAGGAGGCAGAGGAGAGAGAGGAGGCAGGAGAGAGAGGAGGCAGGAGAGAGGAGGCAGGAGAGAGAGGAGGCAGGAGAGAGAGGAGGCAGGAGAGAGAGGAGGCAGAGGAGAAAGAGACAGAGAGAGGAGGCAGAGGAGAGAGACACAGAGAGAGGAGGCAGGAGAGAGAGGAGGCAGGAGAGAGAGGAGGCAGAGGAGAGAGAGGAGGCAGAGGAGAGAGAGACAGAGAGAGGAGGCAGAGGAGAGAGAGACAGAGAGAGGAGGCAGGAGAGAGAGGAGGCAGGAGAGAGGAGGCAGAGGAGAGAGAGACAGAGAGAGGAGGCAGAGGAGAGAGACAGAGAGAGGAGGCAGGAGAGAGAGGAGGCAGAGGAGAGAGAGGAGGCAGAGGAGAGAGAGGAGGCAGGAGAGAGGAGGCAGGAGAGAGAGGAGGCAGGAGAGAGAGGAGGCAGGAGAGAGGAGGCAGGAGAGAGAGGAGGCAGGAGAGAGAGGAGGCAGGAGAGAGGAGGCAGGAGAGAGAGGAGGCAGGAGAGAGGAGGCAGGAGAGAGAGGAGGCAGGAGAGAGAGGAGGCAGGAGAGAGGAGGCAGAGGAGAGAGAGGAGGCAGGAGAGAGAGAGACCUCUGUCCUCAGACCUCAGACCUCAGACCUCUGUCCUCAGACCUCAGACCUCUGUCCUCAGACCUCUGUCCUCAGACCUCUGUCCUCAGACCUCUGUCCUCAGACCUCAGACCUCUGUCCUCAGACCUCUGUCCUCAGACCUCAGACCUCUGUCCUCAGACCUCAGACCUCAGACCUCAGACCUCUGUCCUCAGACCUCUGUCCUCAGACCUCUGUCCUCAGACCUCAAACCUCUGUCCUCAGACCUCUGUCCUCAGACCUCAGACCUCUGUCCUCAGACCUCUGUCCUCAGACCACUGUCCUCAGACCUCUGUCCUCAGACCUCUGUCCUCAGACCACUGUCCUCAGACCUCAGACCUCUGUCCUCAGACCUCAGACCUCUGUCCUCAGACCUCUGUCCUCAGACCUCUGUCCUCAGACCUCAGACCUCAGACCUCAGACCUCUGUCCUCAGACCUCUGUCCUCAGACCUCUGUCCUCAGACCUCUGUCCUCAGACCUCAGACCUCUGUCCUCAGACCACUGUCCUCAGACGUCAGACCUCUGUCCUCAGACCUCAGACCUCUGUCCUCAGACCUCUGUCCUCAGACCUCUGUCCUCAGACCUCAGACCUCUGUCCUCAGACCACUGUCCUCAGACCUCAGACCUCAGACCUCAGACCUCAGACCUCUGUCCUCAGACCACUGUCCUCAGACCACUGUCCUCAGACCUCAGACCUCUGUCCUCAGACCUCAGACCUCUGUCCUCAGACCUCAGACCUCUGUCCUCAGACCUCAGACCUCUGUCCUCAGACCUCAGACCUCUGUCCUCAGACCUCUGUCCUCAGACCUCUGUCCUCAGACCACUGUCCUCAGACCUCAGACCUCUGUCCUCAGACCUCUGUCCUCAGACCUCUGUCCUCAGACCUCAGACCUCUGUCCUCAGACCUCAGACCUCUGUCCUUAGACCUCUGUCCUCAGACCUCAGACCUCUGUCCUCAGACCUCAGACCUCUGUCCUCAGACCUCUGUCCUCAGACCUCAGACCUCAGACCUCAGACCUCUGUCCUCAGACCUCAGACCUCUGUCCUUAGACCUCUGUCCUCAGACCUCAGACCUCUGUCCUCAGACCUCAGACCUCUGUCCUCAGACCUCUGUCCUCAGACCUCUGUCCUCAGACCUCUGUCCUCAGACCACUGUCCUCAGACCACUGUCCUCAGACCUCUGUCCUCAGACCUCUGUCCUCAGACCUCAGACCUCUGUCCUCAGACCUCUGUCCUCAGACCUCUGUCCUCAGACCACUGUCCUCAGACCUCAGACCUCUGUCCUCAGACCUCUGUCCUCAGACCUCUGUCCUCAGACCUCAGACCUCAGACCUCAGACCUCUGUCCUCAGACCUCUGUCCUCAGACCUCAGACCUCUGUCCUCAGACCUCUGUCCUCAGACCUCAGACCUCUGUCCUCAGACCACUGUCCUCAGACCUCUGUCCUCUGUCCUCAGACCUCUGUCCUCAGACCUCAGACCUCUGUCCUCAGACCUCUGUCCUCAGACCUCAGACCUCUGUCCUCAGACCUCUGUCCUCAGACCACUGUCCUCAGACCUCUGUCCUCAGACCUCUGUCCUCAGACCUCAGACCUCUGUCCUCAGACCUCUGUCCUCAGACCUCAGACCUCUGUCCUCAGACCACUGUCCUCAGACCUCUGUCCUCAGACCACUGUCCUCAGACCUCUGUCCUCAGACCUCUGUCCUCAGACCUCUGUCCUCAGACCUCUGUCCUCAGACCUCUGUCCUCAGACCUCAGACCACUGUCCUCAGACCUCAGACCUCUGUCCUCAGACCUCUGUCCUCAGACCUCUGUCCUCAGACCUCAGACCUCUGUCCUCAGACCUCUGUCAGCGGCUCAAAGUGUCAACUUUUAUCAGAACCGACCCUGACAUUUCCCGCUGCUUCUUCCCUCUGUCUUGGUUCCCAUUAACGUCCCCUCCGCCGCCCCCUGCAGCAGCCCCUCCGCCGCCCCCUGCAGCAGCCCCUCCGCCGCCCCUGCAGCAGCCCCUCCGCCGCCCCCUGCAGCAGCCCCUCCGCCGCCCCCUGCAGCAGCCCCUCCGCCGCCCCUGCAGCAGCCCCUCCGCAGCCCCUGCAGCAGCCCCUCCGCCGCCCCUGCAGCAGCCCCUCCGCCGCCCCUGCAGCAGCCCCUCCGCCGCCCCUCCGCAGCCCCUGCAGCAGCCCCUCCGCAGCCCCUCCGCCGCCCCUCCGCAGCCCCUGCAGCAGCCCCUCCGCCGCCCCUCCGCAGCCCCUCCGCAGCCCCUGCAGCAGCCCCUGCAGCAGCCCCUCCGCAGCCCCUCCGCCGCCCCUCCGCAGCCCCUGCAGCAGCCCCUCCGCCGCCCCUCCGCAGCCCCUCCGCAGCCCCUGCAGCAGCCCCUCCGCAGCCCCUGCAGCAGCCCCUCCGCAGCCCCUCCGCCGCCCCUCCGCAGCCCCUGCAGCAGCCCCUCCGCCGCCCCUCCGCAGCCCCUGCAGCAGCCCCUCCGCCGCCCCUCCGCAGCCCCUGCAGCAGCCCCUCCGCAGCCCCUGCAGCAGCCCCUCCGCCGCCCCUGCAGCAGCCCCUCCGCCGCCCCUGCAGCAGCCCCUCCGCCGCCCCUGCAGCAGCCCCUCCGCAGCCCCUGCAGCAGCCCCUCCGCAGCCCCUGCAGCAGCCCCUCCGCCGCCCCUCCGCCGCCCCUGCAGCAGCCCCUCCGCAGCCUCUGCAGCAGCCCCUCCGCCGCCCCUGCAGCAGCCCCUCCGCCGCCCCUGCAGCAGCCCCUCCGCAGCCUCUGCAGCAGCCCCUCCGCCGCCCCUGCAGCAGCCCCUCCGCCGCCCCUGCAGCAGCCCCUCCGCCGCCCCUGCAGCAGCCCCUCCGCAGCCCCUCCGCCGCCCCUCCGCAGCCCCUGCAGCAGCCCCUCCGCCGCCCCUCCGCCGCCCCUCCGCAGCCCCUGCAGCAGCCCCUCCGCCGCCCCUCCGCCGCCCCUCCGCAGCCCCUGCAGCAGCCCCCUCCGCCGCCCCUCCGCAGCCCCUGCAGCAGCCCCUGCAGCAGCCCCUCCGCCGCCCCCUGCAGUGUCUCCGCUCUCGCGCCGUCUCGUUUCUGCGGCUGGAGGUGUGA